AUGCUAAUCUGUAACCACAAAGGCUAUGACCAGGCGUCUUCAUGUGCUGAAGAUGUCAUUGGUUUAGGCCUGCUGGCAGCAGAUGGAGAUGACCUGCAUCUGAGUGUAGAAAUCACGAGUCCUAAUUCGGUCACGCUUACAGAGCACAGAGAGAUUCGUAAUACGUAUGGUCUGGAUUCCCUUUGCCAUUGCCCUUUGUACGAAGAAGCCAUGCACUUAGCAGAGGAAGGCAAAAUUUACUCACGAGUGUUAAGGACUGAAAUGUUUGAAUGUCUAGGAGACAGUGACUUCCUUGCUAAGCUUCAUUGUAUUCGACAAGCUUUUCAGGUAAUUCUUUCGGAAACAGCAAACAGAAUAUUUCUUGCCGAAAGUGGAAGAAAAAUUUUGUCUGCUUUAAUUGUGAGAGCACGAAAGAAUCCAAAGAAAUUUGAAGAUGUCUUCGAUGAAAUGAUACAUUUUUUGGAACAAACAGAUCAUUGGGACAAUACUGAAAUGGAACUUGCUGCUAGAGGAGUGAAAAACCUGAAUUUUUAUGAUGUUGUUCUGGACUUCAUUUUAAUGGAUUCAUUUGAAGAUUUAGAAAAUCCACCAAUAUCUAUACAGAAUGUAGUAAAUAACCGCUGGCUGAAUUCUUCUUUUAAAGAAACAGCUGUGGCUUCAAGCUGUUGGUCAGUACUGAAGCAGAAAAGACAGCAAAUGAAGGUGCCUGAUGGAUUUUUUGCACAUUUCUACGCUAUAUGUGAACAUAUCAGCCCUGUUUUGGCGUGGGGCUUUUUGGGCCCUAGAAAUUCCCUUUAUGACCUAUGCUGCUUCUUCAAGGACCAGGUGCUUUUCUUCCUCAAAGACAUUUUUGAUUUUGAAAAGGUGAGAUACUCGACGAUGGAGAGCUUGGCCGAAGAUCUUAUGCAGUUACUGAUCCGCCACACUGAACUCUUGAUGGCCUAUCUCGGGGCAGAUUCACUGCGACACGUCGGGGCCUGCGUGAGCGGCCACGGCCACGUCCUGACCACCGGGCUCUUGGAAGCCAAAGUGCAGUGA